GUUCGCCAUCGCUUUGGAAUGUGAAUUCACAAUUAAUUAGAUAGCAAAUCGAAAAUAGUUCUCGUGGAAUUUAAUUGUAUUUUUAAAUCGUUUACGAUUAGCAGGAAAAGGUAUCAGUCAGUUGUGAUAAUAAAUCCAACUCGGUUGAAAAUCAAAAUCCCAGUUCGGAGUGACUUCGGCUACCAAUCAGGUGGAUUUGCAGUCAAAGUAAAGUCGAUCCAGUUCCACGGAAAAGUCGCUGGCAAAAGUAGGGUAGUUGAACCAUACUUCAACACCCAAAUAUAAGGAAUCGAGGAGCAUUGGUACAGUGGGAGAAACCAGUUUAUUUUUCAGCAUUGCUGAAAACUAAUCAGCUGCUUCGGGAAAACUUGGUUUCCCUAUCGGGAACAAACUGAAAAAUAAACUGAAAUAAAUAGUGUUCAGUGAGUUUGUAGUGCCUGCAACAUGCAAUCCGGUUCCGAAUCCGUGAAGGACAAAACGGUCCUAAAUCUCACGGAAACGCCAUGCGAAAUAUGUGGCCCGUCAACGCAUGAUGAGGAAAUGGUAGGGUGUGACGGUUGUUCGGGAUGGUUCCAUUCCCGUUGCGUAGGCAUCGCCGAGGGCAAUUUGCCGAAAAAGUGGUUUUGCCCAAGCGACGCCUGUCAGGAGAUGGCCAAGGAGUCUCAGAAGAAGAAGACCGUCAAGAAGCAUCAGACCCGUAGCCAGAGAGAAGCCGAUGAAUCCGACAAAUCCAGCAAGAAUGCCUAUUUAGCUGUCUCUAGUGUGGAAGCAAAGGUGCGUGCACUAGAGGAGCGACAGAAGCAGCAGAUGGAGGAGCUGGAGGUUGAAAUGCAGCUGCGGAAGAAGAAGAAGGAGAUGCAGCGUGCUCUGGAGCGGAAGAAGGCGGAGAUGGAGCUGCAAAUGCAUGCCGAAGAAGAAGAAGAGCAGAGGGCCUGGCAAGCCGAGAUGCUUCAGAAGAAGAAGGAGCAGAUGGAUCGGAUGAAAGCAAGUCAGAAGUCAUUCGAGAGGCAAAUGGCGGCCAUGGACAAGGAGAUGGCAGAUCUUUCGGCUUCCAAGGUGCCCAAGACGUCGUCGAAAUAUGUUGGUGACGAUCUACGAGCGGGAACUUCCAGCAAAACUCAACAAAAUGUGUUGAAGCUGACCCAGAAGAACGUCAAGAUGCUGGCAGAAGACGACGAGGACACCGAAGAGGAAGACGAGGAUACCGAUGAGGAAGAAGAAGCGGAAUCAUCGAGCCGUAGCUCCGAGUCAUCUCUGGAGAAGGGAGCCAAACGGCGCGAUUCGCGGAAGAAGCGGGUGGUGAAAGGAAGCCAAGUUGGGCUAGGACAACAGCAGACCGGACCGACAAAGGCGCAGCUGGCCGCAAGAAAGGGGCUAACAUACAAGCUCCCAAAGUUCUCGGGAAAACCAGCGCAGUGGCCAUUGUUCUACGCGGCCUACAAAGCGUCCAACGAUGCCUGUGGCUAUAUGAACCACGAAAACCUGAUGAGGCUGCAGGAAGCGCUCGAAGGUGACGCACUCGAGCUGGUGUCAGGCCAGCUACUACUGCCGGAGUCGAUACCGAGGGUCCUGGAAAAGCUGCGUCGGCAUUAUGGUCGCCCGGAGCAACUGCUCGAGAGUUUGCUGGACAAGGUGAACAGGUUGGACCCCCCUAAGCCGGACAACCUCCGGAGCUUUGUUCCUUUUGGGAAUACGGUGGAGCAGCUGUGCGGCCAUCUUGAGGCAGCCGAUCUGCGGCAGCACCUCGUGAAUCCGCUGCUGAUCAAAUCGCUGGUUGCUAAGCUGCCGGAUCGGGAAAAGCGCGAGUGGGUCCACUAUCGGAGGGGCCGAGGAGAGACGACGCUGCGGACGCUGACGGACUUCCUGAUGGACAUCGUAGCGGAUGCCUGCGAAGCCAACGUAGACGUGGAGUUCAAGCCGUCGCAUCCUCUAAAAGGAGCUCCCCAAGCGGGGAAAAGAAGGUCCAAGGAAAGAGGAGGUCUGUAUCUCCACAGCGAAGCCAGCAGUUCCAAUGUCACCGCAAACGAGAGACUGCUGAGGCCGUGCAACUACUGUCGCGGAACGAGCCACCGGCUGCGACACUGUGCGGAGUUCAAAAAGCUGCGGUACACCGAGCGCCUGAAGCUGGUCAAUCGCGAAAACUGUGUCACGUGUGUCUCAACGAACACGGAGGCCAGUGAGUUCCACAAUCCGCUGAUGCACCCAGUCGGAAACGUGGUCGGGAUGAGUGCGCAUAUCCGGACAAACUUCACGGUCAUGUUCCGCAUUGUUCCGGUACAACUGUACUGCGGUGGGAAGUCUGCUACAGUAUUGGCGUUCCUGGACGAAGGCGCUUCCGUCACGCUGGUGGAGAAAAAGCUCGCCGAUCGCCUGGGCGCGGUCGGAGUACAAGAGCGGCUGACCAUUAGAUGGACCGGCAAUGUCUCCAGAGUGGAAGAUACGCGGAGGAUGAAUCUGUGGGCAUCGGGCACGAGUACCAGUGCGGGCGGCAAGAUGUUACUGCAUACCGUCCACACAGUCGGAAAGCUGAUGCUGCCACAUCAGAUGUUGGACAGUGAAGAACUUGUUGCACAGUACGAGCACAUGCGGGGUUUGCAGAUCGAGUCGUACGAUGGACAGCCGCAGUUGCUCAUUGGAGCAAACAAUAUCCACUCGUUUGCCCUUUGGAAGCGAAGGUGGGCACCCCAAUGGAACCGAUCGCGGUUCGAACCAAACUCGCAUAUUACCAACGACGACCUACACGAGUUGCUCAAAAGCCACUACGCGUUGGAAGAAUCGGUGGUGGCGAUACCGCAGGAAACAGCAGAAGAGAGGCGUGCUCGAGAAAUAUUGGAGCGUACAACGAGACGAGUCGGCGAUCGUUUCGAAACUGGGCUGCUGUGGAAGGCAGAUGAUCCACGGUUCCCGGACAGCUUCCCAAUGGCCCUGCGAAGGAUGAAGCAGCUGGAGAACAAACUCGGAAAAAUCCAGUGCUGCAUGAGAACGUUUGCCGACAAAUAG